AUGCCGGGCUUUCCUUCUUCUCCAUCACUUCAAUCAUGUGACACUCCAUUGAUUGAAGGAGAAGGUGGUGUUAGUGCAAUGAAAGAUUUGGGUUUGGAUAUAAAUCAAAUACCUUCAGGAGUCAAAGAAGAAUGCAUGGAAGAAGAAUACGGAGGCCUUCCAAGAAAGAAACUGCGGCUCACAAAAGAACAAUCUCGUGUUCUUGAACAAAGAUUCCAACUAAACCACGCCUUGAACCCAAAACAAAAGGAGGGUUUGGCAGAUCAAUUAAAGCUAAAGCCAAGGCAAGUGGAGGUCUGGUUUCAGAACCGUAGAGCAAGGAGCAAGCUGAAGCAAACAGAAACGGAAUGCGAAUAUUUAAAGAAAUGGUUUGGCUCAUUAAGUGAACAAAACAGGAAGCUAAAAAAGGAAGUGGAAGAGCUAAGGGGCAUGAAAGUAGGGCCGCCGCACAGGUCUCAACAACUUCCGGCAGCCACCCUCACAAUGUGCCCUCGAUGUCAACAUGUCACAACCACUUUUCUCGACAAGGGCCCCGCCGCCGCCAGCCACCACUAA